UGUGGCGUAGUGCAACACAAUAUAAUAAUGGGACAAGUUUGUUCCAAUUUCGGUGAUCACUUAAAACUGACUUUUUAAGUUUUAGAUUCCAUUCAACCGGGCGUGUGUUUCAAAUUUUCACGCUCUCUUUUGCUCAAUAGGCGUUUGUUAUCAUACGAAAGGUGGACUUGCUCGGUAUAAUAGGAACAUGUUCUUCAAUAUGGACAAAUCGUGGUAGAAUUACGAUAGAAAUACCAAUUAAGAUAUAAAUAGAAUAAGUACGAUAUGUAUGGCGUGAUAUUGAAAUUUAACUUCGAUGAAAUACUUAAAGGCAGUCAAAAUCAUGGCUGUCUCGUAUGUAUUGCGAUUUUUAUAGUUGAAAUUUGGAUUUUAAAAUCAAUAUAUAGAUACCUUUGGUCGAUAUUGAGAAUUGAAUGCUGUGGGCGGAAUAAAAACAGUUCGGAUUUAUGCGAUCACAUCUACAAUUUUCUCAAGAUAUAAUGCAACGACAUUCAAGAACACGAAAGUAAAGACUACUUAUUUGCGAGUAACUUCAUUGUCUGAGGUUACAAAAGUGUCAAAAGCAAGUAACUCCAGAGUUGAGAAAAGCACAAACAGGUUGAAUGUUGAAGUACAAAGACUGUCCUCUUUUAAGACAGUAAAACGUCCAGUUAUUAAGAAGAGAAAUGAAGAUAAAGGUUUCAAACUAUUUUACGGACCAAGCAAACCAAAACAUAAUGGAUUGACUUUAGACUUUUUGCAAUAAUUGACGUUAUUUAAAAAUGGCGUCAAUUUAGUGACGCAAGAGUCACGUGAUCUGUUGCUGAACUGCAUAAAACUACACCCAAGUGUUCACGAAGUAUUUUUUCCAGAAGUGACGAAAGAUCCCCGAAUAACCGACGAAGAUUUACGGGGAUUUCCGAUUCACAGCCUGGCGGUUGCAGUCAUUUGCGAGGCCAUUUCAAAAGGAGAGGAUCCGUACAAGUUUUACUGUAUGAUCGUAAAGAAUAACUUGGAAAAUGUGCUGACUGAACUGUACACUAUUGUACAUUGGAAGAAAUUGGGGUUCUCCAUGUACUGCGCUCUGUACCCGACCGUAGUGAGAGAUGCACGGACGAACAUCAGUUUGCAAGACUUCAUUGACGAUGAUGGGCCGGAGUGGGCGGAGCGUAUUAUUGAGCGCAUGACGGAGCCCUCUUGGACGAUGGGAUGGGUGCAGAAAAUAAUCCGCGGUCAUGUGACAGAGGAGAAAUACAACAUGGCGAUGAACACACUGUUCGUGAAAUUGCACACGUCGGACCCGCAGUCUGUCAUUCCGACCUUUCAUCUGCUGAAUCACAUCCGAGCUCUCCCGGAAUGCAACCUAGAGCUGGCCACCCGGGACUACCUCGGAGGAAUGCAACCUAGAGCUGGCCACCCGGGACUACCUCGGAGGAAUGCAACCUAGAGCUGGCCACCCGGGACUACCUCGGAGGCCCACUGGACGCUGCGGCACUCAGCGCGCAUGCGCGGACGGCCGUAACAACGGAGACCAUGCCUAGCAACGGCGCCUCGCGCAUGAGCCUCGACAAAAUCGAAGUUUUUUACGGCAUUGACGUCGAGGAGUUUAUAAUGACGGAAGCACGUAACGUCGGCGUAUGGAACGGGCGACGUCCCGACAAUAAAAGAACUAGUGACCUCCUGGAUUGAUGCAGCGUCAUGUAAUCUCGUGAUCACAUUUGGCGGUUUCCGGCUCUCGUCGAAAACAUGCGCUUGAAUCCAGAUGUCGCAUCCGGAAAAAGCUCGCAUACCCUAUGGACUAAGCAUCAAUUGUUCGUCUGUGACAACGAAAUGAACAAACGCAUGCGUUAGUUGUGACGAUGUUACAAAUACGUUUCGUUGAUUCGAAUGUUCUAUCUAUUGACGUCGAGGUCUGGAGGAAUUUAUACAAUUACACAUGUGUUUAGAUUUUGUGGGAGAAAAUAGCCAGUGUGCUUCCGUAUUGAAUGUAAUAUUGUUCAUUCGACUUAUUUUGUACCAAAAUCAUCAUGUGUGUCUUCUGUGAAUGUUUUAAUUGUUAAGCGUACAUUUUUGGUGUGAACAAAUGCGAAUAAUGCGGUAUCGAUGUAUAAGUUAUGCUAUUCACACAUUUUUGAAUGUAUGACAAGUAUUGAUAAAACAGUUCGUGUGUUAUACGUAACGAUUUAAUAUCAUACAUCAAUGACAAGCGAUAUUUACACGUGUUCGCUUCAACGCUUGUUAAUUAUGGUAGAUCUAAUAAGUCACAGGCUUAUCAGGGACGACAUGUUCCGCCCAAACUGGAUUCUCGCUAAGAAGAGACUUUCUUUAAACGAAAAAUACCAUAAAAGCGGAGACUGUCGUCCCUGAUUU